UGGAAAUAAAAGAAAACAAAACAAAAACAAAAACAAAAACAGAAACUGGCCUCUUUCGCUUACGGUGUUCAUUCUCUUGUGCUAUCUUUAAAAAAACUCCGCUAAACCUCCAAAAGCUGGCUCAUAAAUGGCGGUUUCAAUACGAACCAGUUUGUGGGACAGUGUGAUGGAGCUAACCAAGGUGGCUCAGCAAAAGGGUAGUGAUCCUCUGCUUUGGGCAGUCCAAUUGUCUUCGAACUUGAGCUCUGCGGGAGUCUCUCUUCCUUCUGUUGAGCUAGCCAAUGUCUUGGUCUCCUACAUUUGCUGGGACAAUAACGUUCCCAUUGCCUGGAAGUUUCUAGACAAGGCCUUGAUGUUGAAGAUCGUCCCUCCUAUGCUUGUUCUUGCCCUCCUCUCAUCCAGGGUCAUUCCAAGCAGAUGUUCCCAGCCAGUGGCAUAUAGACUGUAUUUGGAACUCCUUAAGCGACAUGCUUUUACCCUCAAAUCUCAGAUAAAUGGCCCAAAUUAUCUAGUGAUUAUGAAAUCAAUUGAUGCUGUCCUUCAUCUUUCCAAGAUGUUUGGUCUGCCUGCAAGUGAACCUGGGAUUCUUCUUGUUGAAUUUAUCUUCUCAAUUUUGUGGCAGUUGCUUGAUGCAUCAUUAGAUGAUGAAGGAUUAUUGAACCAUACUCUGGAACAGAAAUCAAGAUGGUCGACUAAACCUCAAGAAAUGGAAAUAGAUGGUCAUGCAAAUUACAGUGAGAAGUCGAAUGAACAUAAUGAGACAUUGAAGAAUGCAAAUACUGUCAUGGCCAUUGACAUAAUUGGAAAGCUUCUGCAAAAUAAAGGAACUUCAAGGAUUCUUUUCUUGGCUCGCCAUAACUUGCCCACACAUUGGAUAAGCUUUAUUCAGCAAGUUCAGUUGCUUGAAUCAAAUUCAUUAGCUUUAAGAAAUUCAAAAACUCUUACUCCAGAGGCUCUUCUGAAGUUGACUAUAGAUAAUGGAACAGUCUUGUCUAGAGAAACAAGUUCUUUACAAAAGUUUCUUGCGGUUUUGACUUUUGGAUCUUUGGCUUCUUCUGCUGGUCUGUGCCAUGGAGCUAGUCGAUCUGCUUUGUGGCUUCCCCUUGAUCUUGUAUUAGAAGACGCCAUGGAUGGAUAUCAAGUUGAUGCUAUAAGUGCUAUAGAAAGAAUUACAGGUUUGAUCAAAACCCUUCAAGCUAUAAAUGGCACAACUUGGCAUGACACCUUCUUAGGUCUUUGGAUUGCAGCUCUUCGUCUUGUUCAAAGGGGAAGAGACCCCAUAGAAGGACCUGUACCUCGUCUGGACACACGCCUAUGCAUUCUUCUGUGUAUUACAACUCUUGUGGUAGCUGAUCUUAUAGAAGAGGAGGAGAGUGCGCCAAUUGAUGAAACAGAAUGUGGCUCCACCAAUCACUGGAAAGAAAAAGAAGUUUCAGGAACACGCCGCAAUGGUUUAGUCUCCAGCUUGCAGAUGCUGGGUGAUUAUCAGGGCUUGCUGGCUCCACCUCAAUCUGUUAUUUCUGCUGCCCAUCAGGCUGCUGCAAAGGCAGUGUUUUUCAUUUCUGGGGUUGGGGUUGGAAGUGGAUAUUUUGAGUGCAUCAAUGUGAAAGACAUGCCAAUGAACUGUUCUGGAAACUUGCGGCAUUUGAUAGUUGAGGCCUGUAUUGCUAGAAAUCUACUGGACACGUCAGCAUAUUUCUGGCCAGGGUAUGUUAAUGGACACAUCAACCAAAUACCUCAUGGUGUGCCAUCUCAAGUACCUGGUUGGUCAUCUUUCAUGAAAGGAGCUGCACUAACGCCAGUUAUGAUAAAUGCCUUGGUUUCAAGUCCUGCUUCAAGCUUAGCAGAGCUCGAGAAAGUAUUUGAGGUUGCAGUCAGUGGAUCAGAUGAUGAGAAGAUAUCUGCUGCUUCUAUUCUUUGUGGUGCCUCACUAAUUCGGGGAUGGAAUAUACAGGAACACACUGUUCAUUUCAUCAUCAGAUUAUUGUCUCCUCCUGUACCUGUGAAUUAUUCUGGGUGUGAUAGCCAUUUAAUCAGUUAUGCUCCAAUGCUGAACGUUCUGAUUGUUGGUAUAGCAUCUGUUGAUUGUGUUCAGAUUUUCUCCCUACAUGGCUUGGUUCCACAACUUGCAUGUUCUCUAAUGCCAAUAUGCGAGGUGUUUGGUUCAUGCGUGCCUAAUGUCUCAUGGACUCUCGCUACAACUGGAGAAGAUAUUUCAGCACAUGCUGUGUUUUCAAAUGCUUUUACCCUUCUUUUGAAGCUAUGGAGAUUUAAUCAUCCUCCUCUUGAACAUGGAGUUGGAGAUGUUCCCACAGUUGGAUCCCAACUGACUCCCGAGUACCUUCUCUUGGUACGUAAUUCUCAUCUUGUAUUUUCUGGGAACAUUGUCAAGGACCGAAACAAAAAGAGACUCUAUGCUGCUGCAACUUACUCAUCUCCACAACCUGUGUUCGUGGACUCAUUUCCGAAGUUGAAAGUCUGGUAUCGGCAGCAUCAAGCAUGCAUAGCAUCAACCCUCUCUGGUCUUAUUCAUGGAACCCCUGUUCAUCAGAUUGUUGAUGAACUUCUCAACAUGAUGUUCAGGGCAAUUAAUAGGGGAACCCAGUCCUUAACUUCUGUUACUUCUGGAAGUAGUAGUUCUUCUGGUCCUGGAACUGAAGAUAACCCUUUAAGACCAAAAUUGCCUGCAUGGGAUAUACUAGAGGCUGUUCCCUUUGUGGUUGAUGCUGCUCUAACGGCCUGUGCUCAUGGAAGACUUUCUCCACGUGAACUAGCUACAGGGCUUAAAGAUUUAGCUGAUUUUCUUCCUGCAUCUUUGGCGGGCAUCGUGAGCUACUUUUCUGCUGAAGUAACUCGGGGCAUUUGGAAACCAGCUUUCAUGAAUGGAACAGAUUGGCCAAGUCCAGCAGCGAAUUUAUCUAAUGUCGAGGAGCAGAUCAAGAAAAUUCUUGCUGCUACUGGUGUCGAUGUUCCUAGCCUUGCUGCAGGUGGAAGCUCUCCAGCUACACUUCCUCUGCCCUUGGCUGCUUUUGUAAGCCUCACUAUAACCUACAAAAUUGACAGAGGCUCAGAACGUUUUCUCAAUUUAGCCGGUCCUGCCUUGGAAUCCCUUGCAGCAGGUUGUCCAUGGCCUUGCAUGCCUAUUGUGGCAUCCCUAUGGACUCAAAAGGCCAAAAGAUGGAGUGACUUUCUUGUCUUUUCUGCAUCUAGAACCGUUUUCCUCCACAACAAGAACACAGUGUUUCAGCUACUUAAAAGCUGCUUUGCUGCAACGCUUGGCCUGAACCCUACUCCAUCCUUGAGCAAUGGCAGCGUUGGAGCACUUCUUGGCCAUGGAUUUGGAUCUCAUUUCUGUGGAGGGAUUUCCCCUGUUGCACCAGGUAUUCUUUAUCUUCGAGUUUACCGGUCAAUCAGAGACAUUGUGUUCAUGACGGAAGAAAUUGUUACCAUCUUGAUGAAUUCCGUGAGAGAAGUAGCAUUCGGUGGGCUUCCAAAGGAGAUAUUGGAGAAGCUGAAGACAACCAAGAAUGGAAUGAGAUAUGGGCAAGUUUCACUUGCUACAGCAAUGACUCAGGUGAAACUAGCAGCUUCGCUUGGUGCAUCUCUAGUGUGGUUAACAGGAGGAUUAGUUCUGGUUCAGUCAUUGAUCAAAGAAACUUUGCCUUCUUGGUUCAUAUCCAUGCACAGAUCCGAGCAACAAGAAGGGUCAGAAGGAGGUAUGGUUGGAAUGCUAGGUGGCUAUGCACUUGCGUAUUUUGUGGUGCUUUGUGGAGCAUUUGCAUGGGGUGUUGAUUCAUCAUCAUCAGCGUCCAAACGGCGUCCCAAGAUCCUUAGAACACACAUGGAGUUUCUUGCAAGUGCACUCGAUGGGAAGAUAUCACUUGGCUGUGAUGGCGCCACAUGGCGUGCUUAUGUUUCCGGUUUUGUGAGCCUAAUGGUGGAUUGCACACCAAAUUGGGUGCUGGAAGUGGAUGUGGAAGUGUUGAAGAGAUUGAGUAAUGGGCUGAGGCAGUGGAAUGAGGAAGAGCUUGCUAUGGCUUUGUUGGGUAGUGGUGGGAUUGGAACAAUGGGUGCUGCUGCUGAACUUAUAGUUGAAAAUGAUUUGUAAAUAUCUCUCUGGCCCUCUACUUCUUUUUAACCUUUUAGAUGGCGGCUUAUACAUGUAGAUUAUGGUUGUGGAUUAGAUUUCUUGUAGCAACAAAACUUUUGUUCUUUUUUUUUUUUUUUUUCUUUUUUAAUUGGGUAUUCAGAGAGAAUCUUAUAUUUGCUGAAUAGAAAAUUUUCACCUUUUUAAAAUAAACUAGAAA